CUGCUGUUUGCGCUGUUUGCUUGCUCUCAGAACGGGUGACAUCAUCUAACGCGUCCUCCCGCCAGCACAUCAAUUCCUUUACUGACCAUCUUCUCCUUCAAAGCACGAGUAUAACUGAUGAUAAAAACGCAAUUUAUAUCGCAGACUAACUUGCGAUUCUAUCCCGACAGCUUUAUCUGCCAAUACUUACGGUUGUGGUGGACAAUGAGUGUUAAUAUCCCGCCAGGUCCUUGACGCGCCGGGCCACACGAAGCCGGGCUUCACCCAACGCGAGUUCACGUGACAUAGAACGGGCGGGCGGGCUGCCAUCUUCGCUCCGGGAUUUGACGCUUGAAGCGGAGGUUGGAGCAACCGGAAUGUUGAAUUCAGCUUGCGACCAAACCUACUAUCUAUCCAGGACCCCCGAUCGCACUAUUGACCAGGCUCACCGGUGUCGCAUGGCAGGGCACCGAUUGUCUUUGAGCGAAACGUCUGGACCAGGAUGGGGUGGAUGGGCCAUUCGGGUCGAGAUUCCAGCUGGAAUCUGGUAAUGCCAAUGAUGACGGGCCAUGAUAAUCGCAGUCCCGUCGAUGACUUGAGGAAUCCAUGUUUCUUUGGACUGAUCUUUGGGUCCCGUUUACACCCGCGCAGAAUGCCAACCUCGCCAGGAAGCCACAAGUUUCCCCCCAUUGUGGGACGCGGAUCCGGCGGUACCUAUCAUGAGGCGGCGGGAUUCAUAAGAGCGGGUUUGUCGAUGGUCGUGUGCGAAAAAGUCCGACCUCCACCGGAUUUGCCAUCAGUGAAUCAGCCAGUAUUGGUGGCAUGUGUUAUGCGAUGGUCGCAAAUUUGCCCUGACUGAUCCUGUGGUUCAUUGUGCAUUGUAAAGGAAGAGAGGGAGAGGAUGGAAGGAUGAACACUGGAUUGCUGGCGACCAGCCGCCAUUUGAGGUGUCGCGGACAACCGAACGGUGAAAGCGGACUAUUGAAGAUACGCAAAGUUUCGGUGUGUCUUUUGACUGGCGGCUGACCAACAACAAUAGCAAACCCAGUUAGUUAGCUAGCAUUAUGGGCAAAAAUAUGAUGACUAUUGAAGCACCGGCCGGGCUGGUUAUUGACUCUGGAGCAGGCCCCGCUUUGAGUGCCUCAAUAAGGAACACUCCCAACUCUACAAUUGGAGUGAUCGCACGAGACAGGAUUGUGUUUAAUUUAACUAAAGAUUACUUUGGCAAACACAAGAGGAAGAAUGAUAGAGCCUAAUUCUUGCCGUAAAUAUAUAUAUAUAUAUAUAUGAACCCAUCAUUAUCAU